GUUUUAGGAAGCAAAGAGUUCGAGUGCCGCAAAGGAAACUGCAAGAGACGGUUCUUUUCUAUGCCUAGUCGAAAGAAACACGAAAACAAUUGCAAGGGAAUGAAUUUGUUAGAGGUAAAUUUUGGGCAAGAAUCUUCGGCAACAUGCAGCGAGACCAUGGAGAUGCAGCUACCAACAGAGAUACGGGUUUAUCCGUGCAAAAAUUGUCCAAGAAAGUUCGACACCGAAGGAGGAUUGAGUAAACAUGCUUGGAGAUGCAAAGAACCAGAUCAGAACCGUCAGCUUCACACAUGCGAGAUCUGUUCGAUGGAAUUUCUCAAUGCUAAAAAUCUUGAUGCGCACAUGAAUAAGCACAACGGAAUCAAACCGUACAGGUGCAAAAACGAAAGCUGCGGCAUGCACUUUUACGGCAAGCUUGAAAUGUACGCGCACGGCCGAGUUUGUGGCAAGGACAAACCCAUCUGCCAGCUGUGUGGCCGCCAGCUGUCCUCGGAGGUGACGUUGCGGGCGCACAUGGAAACCCACGCGGAGGAGCCCACCGCCGAGUGUGAAACGUGCGGCAAAAAGUUUAAAACGAAAAAGCUCCUCAAAACGCACCAGGCGGUCCACUCGGACGAGCGGAAGUUUUCGUGCGACGAGUGCGGGAAGGCGUACAAAACGUUGUACGCGCUCAAAGUGCACCGGCGGAAUCACAUGGAGGUGAAGCCGUUCAGCUGUACCGUUUGCGGGAAGGGGUUCGUGUACAAGUGUCUCGUGAAGCCGCAUAUGGAUAAGCAUCAUGGGAGAGGGGAUUGAGAGGAAUUGUGUAAAUUUG